AUGUCUGUAACUGAAACCCACGCCAAGGCCGACAAAGCUACAAUUUUGCUUGUCCAAGGCUCAUUUCAAACCCCUCUGGUGUAUACAUCCCUCGUCCAAAGACUACUGAAGCUGGAUUAUCCUACUAUUCAUCCAUCGCUUCCGAGCUGUACCAACGUCGAUGACCCCGAGUUUCCUUCAAUAACGCUUGUUGACGAUGCUCUAGCGGUACGUCUAGAGCUUAUACGGCAAAUAGAAUACAAAGGCAAUACAGUAGUGGUAGCGAUGCAUUCUUACGGCGGUUUGGUGGGCAGUGAGGCAAUUCCAGAAGAACUUGCUUAUAGCUACCGCAAAUCCCGUGGACUAUCCGGUGGCGUUAUUCACCUGUACUAUUUUAGUGCUUUUAUCCUACCACCAGGAAAAUCUGUACUCGGAGCCUUUGGAGAGUCACCUAAUAAUGAUGUCAAGCCUGAUGGACGAUUUGGUAUCCUCAAUGGUGCUUCAAUUCUGUAUAACGACCUUCCCGAGUCUGAUGCCAAACUCUGGGAAUCUCGCCUUAUCCCCCAAUCUUAUGCCGUCCAGAAGACAGAGCUGACCCGAGGCGCGUACAAAUAUAUUCCGUCAACUUAUCUCAUUUGUGAGAAUGACAAAGCAGCUCCAACACAGUACCAAGAAAUGUUUGCAGCAAGUGCCGGGGCGCACAUAGAGAGGUGUAAUGCUGGUCAUUCUGCAAUGCUUAGCCAGACUAAGAUGCUUGCAGACAAGAUCAGUGAUGCAGUAGAAACCGCGAUCGCAAAGGAGACACCUGAAGGCACCUAA